GCAAACAUUUCUACUCCGACUUUUGCGUUUCUUUUCCCUCCAGAGGCUUCGUUUUUGCGAGACGACUGUUGGGAGAUGGGAGAAGUGGUCGUGAGCAGCGAAGAAGUGGUUGAGGUUGCGAAGGCGACGGCGGAGGGCGGCGGAGAGAUGUUGCAGCGGCGGCGGAGGCGGAGGAUGGACGCCGGAGAAGGCGGCGAUGGAAAGGGUCUUGUUAAGUGGGAGAGGUUCCUGCCGAAAAUCGCCUUGAGGGUUCUUCUCGUUGAAGCCGACGAUUCGACCAGACAGAUAGUCGGAGCCCUUCUCAGGAAAUGCGGUUACAGAGUUGUUGCUGUUGCCGACGGCCUCAAGGCAUGGGAGAUACUAAAAGGGAGGCCUGAAAGUGUAGAUCUGAUAUUGACUGAGAUUGAUCUGCCUUCGAUUUCUGGAUACGCAUUUCUAACGCUCAUCAUGGAGCACGAGAUAUGCAAGAACGUUCCUGUCAUAAUGAUGUCGACACAGGACUCAGUCAGUACUGUGUAUAAGUGCAUGUUGAAAGGUGCAGCCGAUUAUCUUGUUAAACCGUUGAGGAGGAAUGAGCUGAGAAAUCUCUGGCGACAUGUAUGGAGGAGACAAUGUGGAUUUGCUGCUGGGGACUUUUCAAUAGAUGAGAGGAUUGGACAGCAGAAGCUUGAGGCCACGUCUGAGAACAAUUCCACGAGUAACCGUGGAAACACCGCUGAGAGGCCGGUGAUUGAUAAAGGAAAUGAUGCUCAUAGCUCGUGUACGAGUCCUGAACUGGACGGCGAUAGUGCAUAUGUGGAUAAUAAUAAUAACCCGAGAGGCUCGUUGCAGGCUAAGUGUGGGAAGUCUCUGUUCAACGAUAUGGAAGUUGUGGAGAACGAGACAAGGAGAACUCAGAGUGUCGCGGAGCUCAGAGAGGCAUGUCAAGAAGCCAUAGACUUCAUGGGAGCAUCGUUUAGAAGAAAUGAAGAAUGCGAUAGAGAAGAAAGUACAUCCACAGCCAUUUACGGGUCUCUGCUAGAGCUCGAUCUCUCCUUGAGAAGAUCUAACACCUCUUGUCUCUGGCCAUCCAGUGCUUCGGCUUUCACACGGUACGUUCACAGGCCAUUACAGACACAGUGUUCAAUCUCUUCCGGGGUUUCGGAUCAAAGAUUAUUAUGUGUGGAGGCAAAUCAGGACGAUAAGAUUUCGUCUGACGCUGGGACUUCAGACCGUUCCGAUUCAUCGGGACCACCUCCAAGCGCUUACAACAGGGUGUAUGCCUCUGGACCUCCGUGGAGCUCUUACCCAGCUCCCAUUCCCGUAAAGGGUAUACGUUUCAGCUGUCAAAACUCGGGUUGCACAUCUGCCGUGGCACCCGUUCAGUCAACGACGAGCCCUACUUCCCGGCCGAGCUUGAACAGUGGUAUACCAGCAGGAUGUUCACAAGAGUGUACCACAUCGCCAAACUCGUUGACGUCACCCGACGUGAAAACUCGACAACGGGAAGAGGCUCUUACUAAAUUCCGGAUGAAACGCAAAGAAAGGUGUUUCGAGAAAAAGGUGAGGUAUGAGAGCCGAAAGAAGCUGGCAGAGCAGCGGCCGCGAGUGAAGGGGCAAUUCGUUCGUCAUGCCCAAGUUCCUGAUCCUCCAACUGAAUCAGCAGUUGUCCCGUGUUCUAGGGUUUAGGAAUAUCGAAAGCUCAAUACUAGCUCUCGAACAAGCCCAGGCAAAGAAUAUGCUAUGUAAACUGAACAAGCACACUACUUUUGGAAUCAGCACAAUUUUAUUUUCCAAA